CAGUCAAGCCGCGCCAAGCCAUGCCAUGAAGCAUGUGAAUGUCAGACGUCUUUUGUCACAUGUGCGUCGACGUCGUAAACAACGUUUGAUUGCCUAUUAACUGUCUUAUUAUUCGUUCUUCAUUUGAACCUCUUUGGACCACUUUAGCGUGCCCAUCAGAAGCAAGCUGUGACAGGCGUGAUGAGCACGAGUAAAAAUAACCGCAAGCGAUAUCUAGAACCCGAUGCGUGGAAUGAUCGUUUGCCGAAAUCUACGCAUUAUGAAGUAAGAAAGAAUGCUACCGCGCGUUCAACACCGCCUGCUAUGGACGUCGGUUCAGAACAUGUGGUCACAAGUGCGUCUGAAUCCUCGGACGAUGAUGAAGCAUCCGUGUCAGUCGAGGACAUUGGACGAGAAAACAACAUCGUAGGAGAAGAGUCGGCUGGCGACUGCGACACCGACGAUGAAUUGUCAGAUCAACUCUCAAAUGCGACGGAGCCGUCUGAUGCUCUGCCAAGCUCCAACUUCUUUCGGUUGGAGUUUGCGCGCCCGCUUGGCAACGCAAACACCUUGUCUGUAGGGGAUGCCCUCGUGCUUGUAAUGGACUUCGCAAUUAAGCAUGGUUUGUCGUGGACUGCCAUUGAAGACCUGUUAAAAUUAUGUAAUAAUAUUUUAGGAACGAAUCUGCUUCCAAACAGCAAGUACCUGUUCAGAAAGUUCACUGCAACUUCACCACAAGAUAUGAAGUUCUACUUUUACUGCCCGUUUUGCAAUCGGCUGCUGGCCAAGACAGGUGGUAGCUUAAGUGAACGCAAUAGUCUGACUGGUAUGUGCUGUGGAAAGGGCUACACCGGCCGGAAGUUGACAGCAGAUGGCUCCUUUUUUGUUGGCUUGCCAUUAAAAAAGCAAAUUUCAUCCGUGCUCGCUGAUGAUGGUUUGAGAGAAGACCUUUACAAAUCAUUAAAUGAAAAAAAAAGACACAGAAAUGCUAGUGUGUCAGAUGUGACUGAUGGUGCCUUCUAUCUGACCCAGCGAAAAAAGCUUGGUUGCCAGAAAGAUGACAUCACAUUAACUGUCAGUGCAGAUGGAAGCCCUGUAUUUAAAUCAACUAACUACUCCAUUUGGCCUGUACAUCUGACUGUGAAUGAGCUUCCACCACACAGACGGUGGAGCAACAUCAUUUGUGCGCUCUUGUGGUAUGGUACCAAACAUCCAGACAUGACAUUAGUUCUCGAGGCAUUCGCCGAACAAAUGAACGAACUCUCUACUGAAGGAAUCUGCUGGAAUGUGAAUGGUCGACAAGUGCAUUCAAAGGUGUACUGCAUAACUGCUGUUGCUGAUGCACCAGCCCGGGCUUCCAUGCAGAACGUCCUACAGUUCAAUGGCUAUUAUGGCUGUUCCUGGUGCCUACAUCCUGGAGAAUUCAUUGAAGGAUGUGUGAAGUACCCUGUUGGUUACUUUGAAGACAGGACUGCAGCUAGCAUGUUGACUGACAUGCAAAUGGCAGCGAAAAUGAAGCGCUCUAUCAAAGGGGUGAAGGGGCCAUCACCUCUCCUCAACGUUCCUGGAUUUGACAUUGUCUGGAGCUUUCGCCCUGAUUACAUGCAUGCUGUGUUGCUUGGAGUUGUACGCCAAGUCACAGAACUGUGGUUUUCAGACACAGGAAGGGCAUGUUAUAUUGGGUCUCCUCGGACAUUAAGGGAAGCAGAUGAGCGUCUCCUAAGCCAGAGACCUCCAGUGUGCUUUAAUAGAACACCGAGAUCUCUUAAGCUUCGAAAGUAUUGGAAGGCAUCUGAGUGGGAGUCUUGGCUCCUCUUCUACAGCCUUCCAUGUCUGAAAGGCAUCCUGCCAGCUCAGUUUCUGGAGCACUUUGCUCUCCUGGUGUCUUCAGUGUAUACCCUGUUAAAGAGUCAUGUGACAUCACAAGAAAUUGACGACUGUACAUUAGAAAUAACAAAGUUUGUUGUCAUGACCGAAUGUAAUUAUGAGAAAGCACAGAUGACUUCUAAUAUGCACACACUGCUGCAUUUGCCAAAGAGUGUGCUACUGCAUGGACCACUUUGGGCUAUCUCAUGCUUCGAAUUCGAAAGCAACAUGGGUAACCUAGUAAGACUUGUGUCUUCAUCAAACGGUAUCCCUUUUCAAAUCUUGUCACGAAUUCUUCUAAUGAGCAAUUUUAAUCAGCUUCUAUCUAUGGCAUCAGAAGAAGUUAAGGAACUUUGUUUGCACACAAAAAAAAAGUGCAUGGGAGUAAAACUGCUUGGAAAACCACAGGUGCCUUCACAUGACCUAAUGGAAUUCGUAAAUGGCAAAAUCACUGGUGUGCAAAGGAUUGAAGAGCAUAGUCGCAUCUGUGUGAAUGGAUGCAUCAUGCAUACUGAUAAUUACAAUCCAGGGUCAAGAAAAAGAGACUCAACUGCAGGGAAAUUAGGAGAUGACUAUGUGAAAAUAGAGAAUAUAUUCAAUGUCUGUAAAGUCGAUGGAAGCUCUGAGAUUUUCAUUGUCUCUCACAAUUACCAAGUGAAGAGUUUUGAAGGAGUAAGCCACCUAAAAGUAGCACGCAAAUGUGCUUCAAAAGCUAUUCAUUCAAUUUCAAGGUCUCUUCGUCCAUGCAUAUACCUUAAUUUGAAUGGGACAAUGUUUUUUGCGGAGUUGUGCAAUCGCUAUGGAUCAUUUUAGUGAAACAGUGAUGAUUCUCAUUCUAUCUUAUGUUCACUCCCAAUCAUCUAAAUUUUAUCCAUGUUACUUUGCUGCUUAUUCUGUAGAGUCCACAUUUUCUCACUGUUCACUGUUAGCUCACUGUUAGUCUUUCCUAAACCUCUUUUUUUAGCUGUUUCGAUGCUGUGAACUUCUUUUACAGCUGUCUCUACGACAUUCAAGUUGUAGUUCCUCACACAUCUGUCUGACUUCCUUUUUAUCGAUCAACCUCGUCAGCUCAACCAGUGUUUUUUUUUUUUUCAGAUCUUGAGUUGGUCAUGUCACGUGCUUCUCUUUGCUUUUUCAAUCAUUUGUGGUUUUUGAGCUUUCAGUUCUUGCCUUAGUGCUUUACCUCCAACUUCAAGUGCUGCUUCAGAAACCAUUAUUGUUACAAUUUUAUUCAUUCCCUCAAUGUUGAUAUUUUCUUGUCUUAAAGCACUGUAUUUCUAUCGAAGCAUUGUAUUUUACCUAAUCUCUAUUUUUACUCUGACUUUAUUAGGGUUGGCCGUUCUGGCAACUUGCUUAGCUGAAAGUGGUACAUUUGCUUAAAGUGACAGUCUGAAUUUCUGAGAAACCUCAUUUUGGCAAUUUUUUCAGAAUGUGUAGCACAAUGCUCUGUUAAAUCCACUUUUCUUUCUUCACAUUUACACUACAGCUACUUUUAAUAACAUCCCCUAACUUUCCUUUUCCUAAUAACAUCCCCUAAAUUUCUGACCGCAUACACUAAUCAACUUUCAUGUGACAGGGCACAUCGAAUAAUUUUAAGUUUUUGCUACCGGAUGUGCUACAGGUCAUUUUUUGCAAUCUUUAUUAACGAAAUAAAGGCAUAAAUUCACUUCUCAUGAGAAAAACAGGGUUGGUUUGAGUCACUAUGAGGAUCAUUCUUUCCAUUCGUGCAGUAACCUCAUUUCAUGUUCUGGGCAGUUGUUGGUCCCUAUGAAGGUUGUCACUUAUGUGUAGACAUAAGUUCAACUGUUUAUUAUUUUGCUUAAUGGAGUACUAGGCUUAAAGCCUCAUAAGUACCAAUUUCACAUAUAUUUAUGCUAUUACUUGGGUAAAUUGUGUAUGUAUUUAUUUACGUCUGUCCCUUUUUACGUUUGUUCCUUUUCCUUAAUUAUAGAAGCAUAACUGAACCAAAUAUUAAACUGCUUGGCACAAAGUGGAACCUGUUAUGGUACAAA